AUGACAACAACUGCAUCUACAUUGAAUGUUCCAACCAGUAGCACUACCUCUACUGGAGGAAGUAGUAGCGGUGAGAAAAGAGAUCCUUUACAAUCACCGGUCUUUAAGUUAAGAGGUCUGGAAAUGACUGUCUACGGACUGGAGAAGGAGAAUCUCGAACUUCGACAAACAAUAGAGACACACGAGAAGGAGAUUACACAGCUUAGAAACGUAAUCCAUGAGUAUGAGUUGGAAAAUGAGAGACACGAGCGACGUCAUGCCCAACUCGAGGAAGAGAUCAUUGAGUUACGACAACAACUUAAACAGAUUGCUGGACAUAAUAAUAAUAAUAGCAGCAGUAGCAGCAGUAGCACCAUCAUCAACAACGGCAACAACAACAACAACGGCAACAAUAAUAACCUCUCACUAACACCAAAUUCUUUGAAUGGCGUCGAUAUGUCAUCGCUUAGACUGAACAACUCUUCUGGUGGAAUGCCAGAAUCCAAUAAAUUCUACGAUGACUCUGCUCUCUAUUUGUACACCGGUCGCCACUCUCCAGCGCUCUCACACGCAUCCUCUUUCAACAGCACAACGACUAGUAGCAAUAACAACAACAAUAAUAAUAGUAGCAGCAGCAGCAAUAACAACAGCAAUAAUAACAAUAUUAAUGGUACGACUACCACCAGCAUCACUACCAGCAGUAUGAUAAUGAGUAGUAGCAAUGGUAACAGUAGUAAUUGUAACAUAAAUAAUAGUUCCGAUAUGAUAAGCAACAACAAUAGCAACAACAAUAGUAAUAAUAAUAAUAACAUUAAUAGUAAUAGCAACAACAGCGGCGGCGAUUCUAUGCAAUCCAGUUCGACUCCGACGAUCACUACUUCACUACCACCGAUCUCCAAUCAAAACAGAUCGCCAUUUCAAAAGAGUAAAGCACCAAGUUCACCUACCAUUGUAUCGUGUGUCACCGACGGUGUUAACACCGGUGUAAACAUAUCGAUGACACCUUCACCAGUGAUGCCACAGCCAAGAAAGAAAUCCAUUAUAAUAAGAAAGUUAAAGUAA